AUGGUGUUGCUGAUAAUGAAAGGUGACUCUCAUUUUAAACAGGCAAGACAUGAUGGACGCUCUGGCUUUUUGGUGGCUGACCUUUUUCUUUUCCUGGCAUUGUAUCGACACACUUCAGUGGACGUCUAACAUCGCGGAUCGAGCAGUAAUCCAGGUUUGUCUCAAUGAUAGUGUCACUCUUCCGUGGAACUUCACUACUGACAGUGGCGAGACGAUUCAAAGUAUUGAGUGGUAUUUUCAGUCCCCUGAUGAGGAAGCCCACCUUCUGGCUCAUACAGAGGACCCCGAUGGUCGUUUUGUCCUCGAUACUCCGACUCCAGUGCAGCUUGUCGACAAGGCAGGCCUCUUAUUGUCAAGGGUAACAACCAACGACACCGGUAGAUACAGCAUUGUUGUGAAUUCUGUUGAUAUCAAGGGUACUGUGACGCCUAACACUCAAAGUGCACAAGUGGACAUUGAAGUGCCUCCCAGUACAACAAAUGGCCAGCUGCAAGUGCAAGUCGUACAUCGCAGUAUGGCGCAGCUUAUACAAGGCGGGACCGGGGAGCCGCAAGUACAGCUGAGCUGUGGGCAGUUCCUGAGUCGCGGACAUCCUGAAGCUGACGUGGUGUGGACAAUUCCUUCAGGGCAGGAGGUAUCCAGUACAAACUACACAAAUGGUUUCUUCUUACUGACUCUGCACGACCCUGUAAUGAGGGGCAACUACUCCUGUCGUUUGUCACUCAACUUCUCCGCCAUUCUGUGUCUGAUGGAUGCUUCGCCGUUAGUGGAGGGGAUGUUGCUGAUUGGCGAUGACCUGACCACUAGAGUGGCGAUUGCGGAGGCCAGACAAGACUGGCUGAUAUUGGAAAAUGCAAGGUUGAGAGAGCAGCUGAUGCAGGAAAGCGCCAUCUUGAACAACAUGACGAGUCAGAUUGAGGACCUAAAAUCAAAACUUACGGAACAAAGCAGUCUUGUAAGCCAGGUACACAACCUGCAGGUGGAAGUCUUCAACCAGUCUGUCGCUCUCCAAAAGCUCACCUCAAAUGUUGAAGCUGUCAGAAACUGCCGCGACGUACAGCUUGUCAACAAGAGCAGCGGCGUCUAUGACAUUCAGCUCCCUGACGGGGUCUUCUUCAGCGUGUACUGUGAUCAGACCACAGACGGCGGCGGCUGGAUAGUAUUUCAAAGACGAGAGAAUGGCGACGUUGACUUCUAUAGGAACUGGGAGAACUAUGCGAUGGGAUUCGGGAACUUAAAUGAUGAAUUCUGGCUUGGCCUGGACAACCUGCACGUUCUGACGUCACAAGGACCGCAAAUGCUUAGGGUGGAUAUGGAAGACUGGGAGGAUAACCACGUCUACGCCACCUAUACGAAUUUCGCCGUAGGAGACAGUGGUGACAAUUACACCCUGCACAUUGGAGAUUACAAAGGGAAUGCUGGGGACAGCCUGAGUUUCCAUGACAAAAGCCCUUUCUCCACGUGGGACCACGACCACUGGUUUCCGUAUUUUGAAUAUUGUGCCUCGAAAUUUCACGGCGCCUGGUGGUACAACGGGUGCCUGCAGUCAAAUCUUAAUGGCGACUAUAAGCACAACUCUAGCGCUCCCGAUUCAGAUGGAAUCAGCUGGGCAACGCAUUACGGAUCAUUGUAUUCGAUGAGGUUCACAGAAAUGAAAUUUAGACCACAGUAAACUUUGUGUCACUACAAUCUUCGCAUGGAAGUAAGUUAAAGAACUUUACAAACUGUACGCACAAAAGCUCAAUACAAUUCAACCAUAUUGAAAAAUGACUAUGAAUAAAUUUUGUAUAAUGUGCGCAUGAUUAUUUCUAUGCUAUGCAUAUAUAUUUAAAUGCAACAUCACCUACGUAUUUGGAAUUAAGCAUAAUGCAUGGUAUUGGCAGUAUAUUUAUGUAUCACCAUGAAGCUGACAAAUUGCAUAUAAAACAGAUAUCUUAACGUGUAGACUUGAAUUCAAAAUAGUACAGAAAAAUAAUAUGCUGGUCAUUCUGAUCUUUUCUGACUUGGUCUUUGCUAAAACUGUGAGACACUGUACCUUGAAUGCAAAUUCCCGAGACAGUGUGUUGGGCACUCAAGGAUCCAUCAGUGCCCACCGGCUGUCUCACUUUACUAUCAGCACCAUAGAAGCCUGUAUUAACGACGUCAAAGACUGGAAGGGGAACUAACUACUUCACAGUCCAUUUGCAGUUCCGUGGCGCGGAAAUAUAACCAAGAGGCUGUACGACAUACUUGCUUGGAUCUGUUCAGUUUGAUCAUGGAGCUGACGAAAAAAAGAAUUACUGCAUUUAAUGCCUUUUGCAGCCAAAAGCAAAAGGGUAUGUUAAUUUUUUCUCUGUGCUUUGAAUCCUCUUAUAAUAUGGUGAUUUUCUUCUUAUAAUUCUAUAUCAUUAUGUAAAAAAGUAGAGAUUAUUAUAGAUCUUUUGACUAUGUAACCUUUUCUGGUGAGAGGUUUUAAUUUUCUAUACCUGUUGUGCCUAUUAUUAGGCACUGCUAUUGCAUCUAUUGUAUCAUAACUGUUUAAUUGUUUUUCUUUUUGCUAGAUGAUCCCCAGAUAGGUCUCGGCUGCAAACUGUGGUCGAGAGAAUGGCGUAGCAUGGGACCUGUAGAGAGGGAAGAUUACCAAAAAAUAGCCAAGGGUUUGUCCUUAAAAGGACUAAGCCCGGAUAAAUUUUACCGAAACAUAGUAAAACUG